AUGAAAUUUAUUUUUAGAAGAUGUUCAUCUACCCAUAUUGGUAAAUUGAUCAAAGAAUCUCUAAACACCCCUGAAUUACUAUCGCCGCAACUAGAGCGAAGGUCACCAUUGUACCAACGUUCCCCUAACGUCAAAAGAACAAACUCCAUCACGGAUAAAUGGUUGAAGGAUGCACUAACAAGGAAAGAUAAACUGAAAGAGGGUAAACUUCGAAAUGUAAAUUUAAGAUUAAGCGUAGUAUUGACUACCCUACAAAAGCUUCGUACUGCUUAUAAUCCUGCCCUGUAUUUUGCAUUGUUGAAUCGCAUUGGUACAGGCCAUAUAAUAUGGUUGAAUAAAAUGGGUCGACCAAUUGAUACAUUGCCAUAUGGUCGGUUACCUUUGGAGUUUUUUCAUGAACUAUCCAACAUGCUCUAUAAUAUAUCGCUCCGGCCCGUAAAUGACAAGAUUGCACUAGCUAAGUUUUCCCUACAAUUAUUGGAUCAUUAUUAUUUCCUUAAAGCGAAAGCAUUUACGGGGAAAGAGGAAUUUCAGUCAAACCCUAAGUUUUUGAGGAAUUGCGCUUUUUUGGUCGCUAAGUCACAGUCGAACUAUUACUUAAAGGUAAUGCAAGGACUAUUUACGGAAAAUUCCGAAGGUCAGUUGUUGAUCAAGUUAUCUCAGUUAGCAUUUUAUGUGGAGACAUCCCAAUGGACAAGUGUAGUGGAAAGCUUGCCCUCGUGCAUAUUCGAUUUUACUGUAACUAACCCGAAGAAACGUGAUAGGGAUAUUCAAAUCCUAGAAUUAUUCCGUCCAUGUUUUAUCAAGACUUUAGAAAUCUUGAUAGCACAGGACAUGGAAGGUGAAGCGUGUCAUAUGUUGACAAGUUUGUAUUCUAAUUGGAACCUUCACCUUGAUCCGCAUGAUUCUUCAAAUCUCGUGCAGUUGUGUGAAAAUCACUCUUGCCUAAAAGUCAUUGAAAUUUUGAAUAGAUUAUCCUUAGCCUCCACUAACAUUAAACAAUUCGGACUGGAAAAAUUGCCAUUUGAAAUUGAUUUAAAGGAGUGCAUGCAUUUUUUAUCAAAAAGAAAUUUUCAGCCCUUCAAACAAGGGGCAUUUCUUCAAUCUUUAUCGUUCAAAUUAGGCGAUUUACCGUCAAGCCUAGGCGUAUGGAGACGAUACAUCAAUGAAAUGGAUGAGCAGAUGCGGGCUGAAUGUAUGCCUUUACCUUUAAAAGCACUUUUCAUUAAUAUUUUACUCGCUCACUUAUCUCUCUAUAAAAAUUUCAAUUUUGUGCUUUCGUUAGUUGAGCAUAUAGUAUAUGAAAGAGAAUUAUGGAAACCAUUUUUACUGACAGAGAAUAUAAUUGGGAACAAAGAAAACUCCGGCAUUCAUUGCUUCUUUCAUGCUAUGUCUCAAGCGACCUGUACCAAGGUCGCUCUGUUGACAUUGUUCAAUCAAUUGAAUAGAAUGGACUAUCAGUUUAGUGUCCAUGAUUUUCUUUCGAUGUUGAAAGUUUGCAAAACUUACUCCGACUGUGAUUUCUUCUACUUCAUCUUUUACAAUUUUUUAAUUGCACACAGUCACAAAUUCCUUCAGUACGAUAAGUUUAAUGGUAAGUUUUCAUGGAGGUUGCCCACACAGAUUGGAGAUGCGAUCUCUGCAUGGCUUUCUAGCUUGGAAAUUGAUAUACGAGAAAAUACUGAUAGAGUCCUGCAGAUAACAGAUGAUGUUAGCGAAUCGUAUGUCGAUGUUAAAUCAAUUGAUUUAGAGGGACACACCGUUCAGCCGAUCGACAAACUUAAAUUGCGUAGGAUUUUUGGGGAGCGGAAAACUCUAUUCGAUAUGGAUUCAGAUGUUUUUCAAGAUUGUAGAGCGAAAAGAGACAAGGAAGUUGGGAUGCAAGCUUGUUUUACCGCAAACGAUGCGCGGUAUGAUUUGGUAUUGGAUUUAUCUUAUUCAAAAAGGAUAGAGGACUUGUUGUCUUAUAUAAUAUCUCGGCAAACACAACAGAAAGAAUGA